AUGGCGGCGGCCGCUUGCGUUUGGCUCGUGUUCGGAUUCAGCCCCGAAGAGGCGGCCGGGGAGCCGGGCCCGGGCCCGGGCCCGUGGCGGCUGGAGGCGGGCCCCGAGGGGAUCUCCCGCGUGUGGCCCGCCUGGAGCUACGUGGUCGUGGAGACCGGCGCGGGGCUGGAGGUGCGGAGCGCGGGGCUGCGGCGGCGGCUGCCGGGCUGGGCCGAGGCGCUGCCGUCCGAGACGCACCUGGUGCUGCGGGGCCCGGCCGCGGCCCGUGCCUGGCGGCGGGAGGCGGCGGUGAGGGGAGCGCUGCAGGACGAGCCCGUCUGGAGCCGGGAGCUGCCGCCGGAGCCCCGCCGGCCGCUGCCGCUCCUGCCCGGCGGCUUCGCCACGCCGCGGCCGCCGUUCUUCACCGCACUGCCCGCUGGCGUGCGGGCCCGGCGGCUCGUUCUGGGCACGGAGCACGCCCUAGCGCUGGGCGCCGCCGGGGAGGUCUUCUCCUGGGGCGGCGGCAGGCAUGGGCAGCUGGGCCACGGGCUGCUGGAGUCUGAGCUGCAGCCGCGGCUGGUGGAGGCGCUGGCCGGGGUGCCCAUGCGGGCGGUGGCGGCGGGCGGGUGGCAUUCUGCCAGCGUUAGCGAGGCAGGAGACCUGUAUGUGUGGGGCUGGAACGAGUCGGGGCAGCUGGCUCUGCCCUCCAAAGCGCUGGCGGAGGAGCGAGCGCAGGAUGAGGACACGGGCACGGGGAGCACCAAGCUGAUGCCCUCCCGGGAGCAGCUGGCUGCCGAGGAUGCCGCAUUCAUCUCCAUCCAGGCGUUCCCGGCACUGCUGGAUCUGCCCCAGGACCUGGAGGUCAGCACAGUCAGCUGUGGUUCCCGACACACAGCCGUGGUCACACGAGGCGGGGAGCUCUACACCUGGGGCUGGGGUAAAUACGGACAGCUGGGACAUGGGAACAACAUCAGCUCUGACCAGGCACGCCGCGUCGAGCACCUGGUGGCCAAGGGCUUGCGGGUGGAGGAGGUGGUCUGUGGGCCCUGGACCACCUAUAUCCGAGUGCGGGAGCCAUGAGGGCCCCAGGACCCGCAACCGGUGGGUGCUGCCAGAUGGGGGAUGAGGGCAGGCUGUGCUCUGCAGGACCAGAUCCAGGACCACUCUGUCUUCAGGGCCAGGGCAGGCAGCCCUGCUGCAGCACAGGGUGGGGCUGAGUUUAGCCCACAGUGACCUGAUUCACACCCGGGAGUGGGGCUGCAGCUGCAUCAGGGCCAGGGACACCCUGAGAUGGGCUGGGUGUGUUUAUUAAAUUCACCUUUCCAUAAGGGCUGCAGUGUUGGUGUGUGUGAGAGACGUGUUCCAGCAUCUCUGGCUCCAGUGAAGCUGUCCUGGGGAGAGGGACUGCGUGGGGCCGUGGUUGUGGUUUGUGUGAACACGGUGUAAUUCAGGGAUGUUGUGACUGAGCAGUGCAGAGCUGAGGCCGAUUCUGCUCUGCUGUGGGGUGCAGAGGAACUUGGGUUCUGGAGCUGGGACCCACGGCUGGACCAGGGGACCCCCAACUGAGCCCAGAGGUAUCCCAGACUGGCAUCAUGGCCAGUGUGGAAAGUGGAGAAGGAAGGGGGGGAUGCUCGGAGGUAGUGGUUUUGUCCCCAGGUUAUCAUUACCAUGAUAACUUGGUAUCCUGCUGUGCUGGGGAGGCUGAGCACCGACCCUGGUGAUGGUGAGCGGAGGGAAUGAAUUCUUGGUGUUGCUUUGCUCUGUGUGGCUUUUGCUUCCUGCACUGUUUCGGAUCGCAAGUUUUCCGGCUUUCACCCUGUGGUUGUCUCCAC